AAGAGAGGCGGAAGUGAGCGCAGAGGUUGCGUGUUUUCCCUCCCUCCCUCCCUCCUCUCUGGUUGCUGCUCAGCGGAUGUUUUAGAUCGGUCUGGAGGUGGCAGCGAGUGGAGGUUGAAGCGGUUGACUGUGGAUAGGAGGGCACGGGCUCAGGAGGGUUUUAAAGAACUGAGUCGUUAAAAAUGGUGGACUACUACCAGGUACUAGGAGUACACAAACAUGCUUCUCAAGAAGAAAUUAAAAAAGCAUAUCGCAAACUGGCACUGAAAUGGCACCCUGAUAAGAAUCCUGACAAUAAGGAUGAAGCGGAAUCAAAAUUUAAGCAACUUUCAGAAGCCUAUGAAGUUCUUUCUGAUUCUUCAAAGCGUGACAUCUAUGAUCGAUAUGGCAAAGAAGGUUUGACUAAUGCUGGUGGAGGUGGUCGUCAUGGUGAAGGCUUUGACUUCGGCUUCACAUUCCGCAAUCCUGAAGAUGUUUUCAGGGAAUUCUUCGGAGGAAGAGAUCCAUUUGCAGAUUUCUUCUCGGAUGAUCCCUUUGAAAGUUUUUUUGGACAACGACGUCGAAGGGGAGUUGAAAGAAGCAGGGGUGGAGGAGGGCCUUUCUUCUCUCCCUUUGGUGGAUUUCCUGCUUUUGAUACUGGUUUUACUUCAUUCAGUUCAUUUGGAAAUCUCGGAACAGCAUCAUUUUCCUCCUCUUCAUUUGGUGGUAGUGGAAUGGGUAACUUCCGAUCAGUAUCAACAUCCACAAAAUUUAUUAAUGGCAGGAAAGUCACCACUAAGAGGAUUAUAGAAAACGGCCAAGAAAGAGUGGAAGUAGAGGAAGAUGGCCAAUUAAAAUCUUUAACGAUAAAUGGAGUUGAAGAUGAGCAUGCCUUAGCAUUGGAGCUCAGAAAGCGUGGACAGCAGGCCUUACCAAGUCAUUUGUCUCACACCAACUCUUCACGCCAGCAUUCCAUGUCCUACCCAAAACAUGACUACCAGUAUCAUAUUGUAGAUGAUGAUGAUGUCGGCUCAGCAACAGUGGUCACCAGUGGAGUGGACAGUUCCAACAUAGCAGGCCAAAGAGAAGGAGGGAAGAGAAGGAAGCAACGACACAAGGAAGAGCUGAAGAAAAAGAGGCAAACAAAAGUGAAGCAUUAGUUCUAAGGUCAAGGCAGUCGAGGUCAAUCGAGAUGUGGUUGGAGCUCCCACAGGUGAAAGAGAAGCCUCCCUAAAAAUAUUCUAAAGACAAGUAAAUGAAUCUUAAAUAAAUUGCAGGGUGUUGAUAAAGUAGAUCAUCUUUAAGUAAUGAUGUGUGGUGAUUUCCUGUCUAUUUAUGCUGUAAUCCUUUUGCUUAUUGCUUUAUUUUUAAUCACACUGUAAAUGGUCCUAUUGUGUUUGAAAUGACUGCAUCUGAAGAGCAAAGUAAGUAGAAAUUCCAACUGGCAAAGUUUGAAUGAAUACCUAGUGCAGAUUUUAUGUGUACUAUUGUAUGCGUGCAAUAGAAGGAAAAUACAUUAAAAAUCUUGCUUGGAACGUGGGAAUUUUCAUCAUGGUUGGUCACAAAGGUGGUGGUGGGUCACUUUUCUGAACCUGUUCAAUGAACAUGCUGUCAGAACAGAGGGUACCAAGAUACAGAAAAAAAUAGAAGAAUGUCCUUCUUCUCAAAUGGUCAGAAAAUUAUUUACAAUGAAUAAAUUUCUCUUCAAAGUGUUCCAACACAACAGCUAAUUUAUGUGCAGGGUCCCACAAACAGAAAUUCAAGAAAUCGCAGGAAAUCUCUUCUCUGACAGUAACAAUCAAGCAUAGUGGCACCUACUUCUCUGCAAAUAGUGCUAUGGGAUCAUUUCAGUCUGUUUAAAUAGUUAAAUGGGGCUAGAGUUUAAUAUCCUCAGCAAAAAGUCUACAGCUCACACAGGGCAACACCUGCUCAAUAUAAUGAAUCAGUUUCUUUCAACCCAUUGAAUGCUGCCAGUUCAACUUUAGUACUAGUAAAGUUAAAAUGUUGCACACAGAAAUGCAUACACACGUGGUUUAUGUUUUAAAAAUAAGCUUUAUAUUUCAGAAUAGCGACCCUGCUAUUGCUCAUGAUUUACUGUUACCUGUACCUCCUAUUUGCAUUAUUGUAAAGUUGUUAUUUCACUAUAUCUUUUGUUAUACCAUGGCUGUUCAUUUAGUUGCCUUUUUCUCCUCUACUUUGUUUACCAAAAUGCUUCUGUUUUGCCAGAAGUUGAUCACUUGGACAUGUGAUUUGUUCUUGUGCAGGCAAAUUAAAAGUUUCAUUAUUUGUGGGAUAUUUUAGGUAAAGCUUAAUUUGGUGGCAUUCUGUGUUGCACAUAGUUAAAGAUAAGAUAGUGUAAACAGCAAAUUUACUGUGUUAUAUAUCAAUACUGAAAUGCUGCAAGAGGGAGUUUGUGUUACUGUAUACCUCCUACUUCUGGUUUUUAUUAUGCAUUUGGUAUGACUGUGCCUUCUGCUUAUUAAUAUAUUGAAUUCUUGCUGGUAAGUUUGAUUGCUGAUCCUUGUAACCUCAGCAAAGAGGGGUUUGCCCUAUUGUCCUAAAAAUAAAACCUCACAACUUU